GCUCUCUUCCUGUGAUGCGCCCUUCUUCUUUCUCAUGGCCACCUUAGACCGCUACGCGACUGCAGCAUACCACCACAGGCCCCCGCAGAUCCACGCCCGCCUGCCCUCGGGCUCCGUGUCGUCCCACCCACGCGUCUUCGAUGCUUCUGUCGUCCCAUACGCGCCCGAACAAGCCCAACAACAAACACGCCAUCUCGAACCACCCGAGGUGCUACCGGACACAGAGCGGUAUUACCAUGACGACGAGGACGUAGACGCAGACGCAGACACUGAAGAGGACUAUGAUUUCGACGACUCUGGGGACAUCGACAUGGCUGUGGACGCAGGCCGGACGCAGCGCGCCCGUACGAUGACCUAUGACCCCGCCCUCGAGAGCGCGCUCAGCCGCCCUCUCACCUUCCACGAGCGCGAGCUGCUCGAGCAUCUCAACCGCCUCAAGUUCUUCCUCGCCACCGCCCCUGCGCGGUGGACGCACUCUCCUUCAUCUUCUCCCGGCGGCUCGAACACCCUUCCGACGACCCGAUGUCGCACCCGGCACUGAACCGUUUCCUCCUGCCGAACAUGGAGUACGUGAGCUGCGUACUUUGGGACGGGCUAUACCACAUCACGGGCACAGACAUUGUGCGUGCCCUUGUCUUCCGCUUCGAGGCGUUCGGCCGGCCCGUGCGCAACAUGAAGAAGUUUGAGGAGGGCAUAUUUAGUGAUCUGAGGAAUUUGAAGCCGGGCGUGGAUGCGUGUCUCGAGGAGCCAAAGUCGCCGUUCCUCGAACUCCUGUUCAAAUACCAGUGCAUCCGCACGCAGAAAAAGCAAAAGGUGUUCUACUGGUACGACCCUCCCUCCGAUACCCUACCGUCCGCGCCUCUCACUCCUCGCAGGUUCUCCGUGCCGCACGACCGU